AUGUCCAAUGAUCAGAGGUUAGAGUGGUUGAAUAUAUCUGAUGUUGGAAUGAUGACUUCAUCUAUGUUCUUCAUCAUAUUGUCUUGCACCAUUGCAGUAGGAACCAAUCUUAGCCAAUUCAUCUGCAUCAGCAGAUUCACUGCUGUGUCUUUCCAAGUCCUUGGCCACAUGAAGACCAUACUUGUGCUUAUCUUGGGAUUCUUCUUCUUUGGAAAAGAGGGUCUCAAUCUACAAGUAGUCUUGGGCAUGGUUUUAGCAGUGGUGGGGAUGAUUUGGUACGGAAAUGCCUCCUUGAAGCCUGGAGGAAAGGAGCGCCGGAGCUAUUCAAUACUGAAUGACAGAUCUCAAAAACACGGUGGGCUGUCGGAAUCCGACGAGCUCAAUGAGAAGGUCUAG